AUGAUUCUUCAAGCUUUGUCAUAUGCGGGUACUGUGUUGGGUUUCUUAUUCCUAACACUGUCUAUUGCCUCUGGUUUGUAUUACAUUAGCGAACUUGUGGAGGAGCACUCGGAGCCUACAAAAAGGUUCCUAACAAGGGCCAUCUACGGGAUCAUUAUCCUUUAUGUGUUCUUGCUUAUUUUGGACUCCUUCCCUUUCAAGCUGAGUGUGUUUUCGAUUGUUUCAUACUUGGUCUACUUGCAAAAUCUUAAACACUUCCCUUUCAUCUCGCUAAAGAGCCCCACACUACUCGCCAGCUGUGUACUGGUGGCUUUGAAUCACUACUUUUGGUUCAAACAUUUCAAUGACACGGAAGUGCCUCCUCAGUUCCGCUACGACCCUAAUUACAUCCCACGGAGGCGCGCAAGUUUCACGGAAGUUGCUUCCUUCUUUGGCAUCUGUGUAUGGUUUGUGCCAUUUGCGUUAUUCGUCUCACUUUCAGCAGGUGACAACGUGUUGCCUACGACUACCGCGGGCCUUGCAAAGAAGUCGGACAGUGCGGACGCCAACUCUCCUAGAUUCCGCAAGAAAGCCACUGGCUUAGUCCGUGUGGUCAUUGAUUCAAUCAGGGCUUACUUCUACUCAGCCGCCCGUGUCUUUGGUUACGAUAUAGAUCCCAACAGAGGCAGGCUUGUGGUGUAG